AAUAGCUGUUGUCAUUUGUGCUGAGCAGUUUUUGUUUUGUUUAGAAAAUGGAGUGAGGCUAUUAAUGUCAAACAAUUAUGAAUAUAAUUUUUUUUCCGUGUGUUCAUAUCUAGGAAGUUUUUAUGUUCGUUUGUCUCGUUCUAUUUGAAAGCUCAAAGUUGAAAAUGGAUAAGCUUCUUUUCAAACAUGUUAUAGCGAUUUGUGUCUUUGAUAUGGAUCUACCGUACCUUCUCCUCUAUAGUUUAUUUAAAAUAUCAAAGGAAGAGAUUUCUGUUAAUUCGAUGCUUUAUGUAACUGUACAUUUUUGUUUAGAAAUUAAAAGAAAAUCUUUUUAAAUCUAGUUGCUAUCAGAAGAGAAUGGCAAAAAUAAAAAAAAAUAUGAAAUCAGUGGUUAAUUUUGUCAAGUUCUAAGAUUCAAGACAAAAUGCAAGUCAAGAAUAUUUCAAUCAUGUUUCGUCAGUUGUGAAAAGAUAUUGAUAAAUAUGUUUCUCAUAAGUAUUCUCUUUGGGUGUAUGCUUUGGCCAUCUGCAGAUUUAACAAAUGAGGCUGAAGGUGAAAAUUACCAGAACUGUCUCGAUCACAAAGGGAAGGAGGUGUCACACGGAGAUCGUUUCUUCCCACUGGGCAGUGAUCCGUGCACCCAGUGUACGUGUCUGAAUGGGAAACCACAAAUGUGCAUUGCCGUCUUCUGCUCACCCCCAGAGAACUGUAAACAGUACCAUGCCUUGAGUGAUAAAUGCUGCGAGUUUGUCUGCUUGGAUCGAGAUUUCCCUAACAAAGCUUCAGGAAACAGCACAUAUCCUGGUAAAGAUGAUGUAGACUCCUUAAGCACCACUAAUUUAGGAUUGAGACUGGUUGCGAGCACUGUUACUUCCUUUCUUAUAUUAGCUCUGUUGCUCUUUAUGAUUCAUCGUCUUCGUCAAAGAAGACUUUUACUCAUGAUCAGAAGAUUUCAUGCGAGAAGAAUGGACAAUGGAAAUGCUCAUUUAUCUCGAAGAUUCUCUGAGGAUGACGAUGGCAGUGUUGGCUACUUUGUGGGUCACGAUCAAUUAGACUUCAGUCGUUACGAUGAACCUCCUCCACCCUAUACUCUUUGGAAACCACCAGAAAUGUAUAUUCCUCCUGGUGAAGCCCCACCUCCCUAUGACCUCUCUGUUCAAUUAACUGCGCCUUACUCGAAUAAUGAAUGCUUUCGAUAUGCUACCGCUGAGCAAGUAGAAAUGCAACACCAAGCUAUAAUAUCUGUUCAUGUAGAAAAUCAAGAAUCUGCUUCACAAGCCCAGUCAGCUACUGAAGCCGCUGAAAAUGCUCCUAUAGCAAACUGUAGUAUAUGUACUGCAGUAGAUAUUGAGCUCAAUAACAUGGCAAAUUCAACCAGUGGUGCGAUUUUACCUCCUGAUAUUCAAUAUGAAGAAUCUUGUAGUAAUGUUGGUGCUUCUAGUUCCUUACAACCAGAAGCAGCUGCAGUUGCUCAAGAAGUGACAAGUACCAGCUUGCCAAGUACAAGUACUGCUUGUAAUGAAAGCAUUCCUACUACAAGUUCAUGUACAUGCUCCCUCAUCUCCAAGAAAGGAAGAACUAAGCGCCAUUCUUGCUGUGACCCGCCUACUGACAAUACUCUUCAGAGAAGCUUGAACAGAAACAAUCAGGACAAAUAUUGCAGUACAUAUCCAACCUCAUCUAGCCAAGAAAAUAACAACAACUUGUACCCUGAUCCGACCGUGUGGUGUGGAGAAGCCAGUGAAUCGUCUAGUAGUUCCAGUCCGACUUACGACCAGCCCACUUUAAGCCCUAGCACCAGUGAUUCUAGUUCGGCAGAUGCGGAUUUCGCUAAAGAAUCUCGCGUAGCCGAAGCGUCGAACAGUUCUAUGCCGUAUCGAACGGUAUCGACUCGCUCCGCUCUGUCUUCGAGGGAGCCGACCUACGAGAACACCUCUCGUUUAAGAGAGUUACAAGACGAUUGUAAUAAAGCUCCUCAUUUCCAAAAGACUUUAUCGAAUUUAAAGAAGUUUUCACUCAUAAAACGUAAGAAAAAGAAACGACGAAUCGAUAGACCUAAUGAAAUAAGUUUUGUUUGUCAGACUAUUCCUGAUAACUUGCAUACGGCGCAUCAGGCAGUAUUUGAGGACGGCAUGGAUCUCACUUCAAGAAAUUCGACAGAAAAUGUUUCUCAUCCUCUAGAGGCUAUAAAUCCUCAUAUAGGUCACAAGCUAGCUAGCAGUGGCCUAGAAUCUCAAACCAGACCCACUAGUAUUAACAUACCAGGUCAUCCUUUCAGGAGGAAAAAUGACAGGGCUGGCCCCAGUUAUCUCUCCUACGUGGAUGUCCCAUGUUGCUCAUCGGUUGUUACAGUGUCUGGCUGUACCAUUGAAAGAAGUUGUUACAACUCCUCGAGUCCUGAUUCGAUUUGUGAAAGCCACGGCACCCAUUCAGCCGUUCAGUCGUCACGUGGGCUGAACAAACAAGGUAUUUCGAGAUCUGGCUCGAUCUGCUCCGAAACAGGAGAGAGGCGGCACCAUCGCUCUGCAGGGUCUUCUCCCACGAUAUCUCGCUCGAGUCGGCCGUUGUUCGAAUCCAGUGGCAGGUUUUUAGAUGGUCGAUAUGCAUCUUCGUCACACAUUCUCGUCAGUGAUAGAACAAUGAAUAAUAGGCAUCAAAGUCAGGCUUCGGAUGACGGAUUGAUUCGACACAUUCCGGUGUGGGUCGUGAACUCUGUCGCAUCUAGGCAGGAAUAUGAUGCCGCAACUUUUCAUUCCACUGCCAUGCGCCGCUCUGCAAGUGGCUGUUUUGGGGAGAGUUCUCGUUCAGUUGGGGAUAUCAGUUCUCCUUUAGACUUUAGAGAUUCCAUGCUGUCCUCUGGGAGUAGCUGGGAGGCUUGCAGCCAUCUAUGAUGGCCAUAGGUAAUUUCCUAAAUUGUAUUAAUUACCAUAUUAAGUGUAGAAUCAGACCAAUCAAACUUUUUCCUGCAAUUAAUUACUGUUGAAUCUUCUUUGUGUUUGAAUAAUCGACUGCUGAAAUGUUGUUCUUUCAUUGUUUGAAAUUAUUUGUUGAAUUAUUUAAACCUUAUAGUGCCAAAAACUACCUAGUAGCAGGUGUAAAAAUUCAGAUUAAAAUUUUCAUAUGUAUUCCUCGGCCCACAAAGUUUCAACUCAAAAUAAGCAAUUUAAACUUGCUGGGCAUACUAAAAAAAAUAAAUUUUUUUUCUUCCAAUUAUACUCUUUUUCGUGUACAUUAAUUAAUUUGGGCUUUUAAGCAAUGGCACUAGAGGGAUAAAUUUUGUACUGAGCUGCUGGGGGGAAAAAUUGCCGAUACGGCGGGCUCCUUGAUGUAGGGAGAGAAAAAAUCUAACUAGAGGUUUUAGUUCGAUCUUUAGUUAUUAAUACAAAAGACUGUUGAAUUUCUUAAAGCAAAACUAUAAAUUUAAGGUUCUAUUUGUAUAGGUUGACUAACCAAAAUGUUAAUUCAUUAGACAUCUAAGUAUAUAGCUGAAUAUAUGUUGUGCAUCACUUUGUCAUUUGGAUGACUUACACUAUUGUGUCCCCUUUCUUGUAUUCAGAUAAAGUAUUAUUUGAAUGCAUCAUUCUCAUUACGGUGCUUACAUAAUUAAUAUUCUUGUAAAGUAUAAACACAUUGUUUUGUGUUUAUCUCCUUCUUUUCUCUCAGAAUGGCCACAAGUGUUGUAGGGAAUAGUUUAUGUCUGUAAACUUUUAAAGGCAACUUUUCUGAACCGGUGUGUAAUUGUUAUUGUUUUUGAACUCAACUCUUAGAAAAACUUACAUUAUUAUUAAUUUUUAUUUAUUUAUUUUGGCAGAAAUUAAUAUUCAAAAAGCGUUAUAUAAUUUUUUUUCUUCAGAAAAUGACAUUUGAAAAGCAUUAUCUUAAAUCAAAAUUUAGAGAUUUUUUUUUGUUGAAUUUGUACCUAAACUAAUAAAGAUUUUAUUCAUAAGUUGUUUUCAUACAUUUUGGUUAUAGAAUAAUUUUUGACUAUGUAGACAAUAGAUAUGCUAUCUGUUUUUGCAUUUUAUUUAUAUGAAAUCUUCUUGAUCCAAUUAAUUGCUAAACUGUUUGAAAGAAAGCGAGUGUUUUAAUUUUUACAAUAGCAAUUUUAUUAUCAACAUGAGUCAUUUUUUUUUAUUAUUGUUAAGAAAUGUUGCAGAGGCAACCUUUAGAAACUGAUUUAUCUAGAUCUGCAAUUAAAAAAAAAAAAUUAAAGGUAACUUUUGAAAGAAGUAACAAGGCCAAAAAGACGAAGCACAUUGUAAAUUGUAAAUAAUGAACAACAAAUAUUUUUUUUUUAAUGCUUAAAUGCAUUUAAAGAUAGUUGCAAUCUCAUACAUGCCUCUUGAAUUGUUUUUUUUUUCCUUCUUAUGUAUUAUUAUUUUAUGUGCAAUUAUACUGUACUUUUAUGCUUAGUAAUAAUUGCUGUAACACUAAGAAAUGUAUUGAAAUUGUUUUAUUUAUUACUGACGAAAUCAUAUAAAUUUUAUUUUCCUCCUGGUAUUUAACUGACAUGUGUGCCAAUUUUCAUUGUAUUUAUAAUGGAAUUUACUCUAUUGUUAUAAUAUUGCUCAGCUUAAUGUAACAGUAAACCAAUAAAGUUACAAUUAUAAGUUACGAAAUUUUAUAAUGACAAACAACUCAUUUUUUUUAUCAAAUUUGAUAAUCUUUACGAAUUUUUCAAAUAAAAUGACACUGUGCCAAAAAAGAUGUUUUAACAUUUAUAAAAUAUUACAAGAAAAAUAAUAAAUAAAUAAAUGUAAUAAAAAUUGAUGGAACAUGAAAGCUGAAAUUAUGUUUAUCUACGUGACAUAUUUUUUAUACAUCAUUCAGAUCAAACUUGUUUGUCGACUGACUUCUAAACUAACUAAUAAUAGCUCUUUAAUCUAUUAAAAUUCCAUUGAUUUGUUGAUAAUUUCAUUUUAAUUUUUUACUCUUUCUUUUUUCUCCUUCCAAAAUCAAAUACAUGUUGCCGUUUAAAUGUUUUAUAUCUUUAUGUAAACUAUUCUAUUAAUUGAAUCAUUAAUAUCUAAUUAUGAACUUUUUGUCUUACACACAUAAUGCUAAAUCUAUUCACAAUACACAAUUAUGCUAAACCAUCUCAGUUUUUAUUUGCGGAUUUAAUCUGUUAAUCUGUUUUUCUUUUAUAUAGUUGUGGUUAUUUGAACUAAUAUAAAGAAGUAUUCUGUUUAUCAAUGGUUUUUUUUUUAAUGUCUUGGACUUAUUUUUAUUUUAAAAUUUGCCCACCAGAGAAUUUUUUUAGUUUUCCUUUGAAGAACAAUUAACACUUUAAUUUCCUAAGUACUAAAUUUUUAUAAAAUAUUAUUGAAAGUAGAGAUUUGCUGUUGUCAAAAGUUAAAUUUUUUUUUUACUUGUUUUGAUCAAAUAGUUUUUUAAAAAUAAUCGCCAUUACUGGAAGCUUAAAGCCAUUUAAAAUAAAAGAUAUACCUUAACGAUUCGAGCAUUUUUAGAACAUCCUAAAGAUUAGAUAAAUAGAAGACCUAUUGUGCAAAUUUACAUCAAUUGUGAGUACAGCUAAUAAUCUGAAUGCAUAAAUAGAAGAAUCACUGACAAGAAUAACUAUUACUUUAGAGGAGAUUUUGUGCAUGCUACUAGUUGAAAUUUUUAAUUUCGUAUGUACUUUUUAAUUUCAGAAAUUAAUUGAAAAUUUUUAUGUUUUAAAAAUUGCUCGAAAAUUAAUCUUAAAAAAUCAAUAUUUUUUCUGUUUUACUGCUGUUAUGAAGAGCAUAAAUUUAGCCCUCUUUUUUUUCUUCUUUUAUUUGUGAAUUAGCAAUAUAUAAAUUUUUGAUAAGCAUAAUUGUAUGCAGCAGCAAUUAUUCUAUCACUUAUUUGGAUUAAAAUAUAGUAAUUCAGUUGAGUAUAUAAAAGAAUAACAAAUUAAUAAUAAGUGGUGUUUUUGCAGAAAUAUGAUACCUGCAUUUUGUAAUUUUUGAUCUGAUUAAGUGAUUUAAAAUGGCAACAAUUUCACCGCUUUUCAUUAUUUGCCUAAUUUUAACAAGAAAAUAACUGAGACUAGGAGUAAUGAGGCAUUUGUACCAUUUUAAAAAUAGAUCUACUUGUUUUUCUGUUUGCAUAUUUUUCAGUUGGUACUCAAUGUAUAAUUUUUUUACCCCAUCAGAUAAUUGAAGUCAUGACAGAAAUAUUGCUUGUCAUAAUGUACCUUUUUUUUUUUUUUUUUUUUUUUUUUUUUUUUUUUNUAAUUGAACUGCAUAUUUUUUAUCUCAUCGUUUCUCUUGCAUAUAUUUUCUUAGGUAUAAAUCUAGUAUUUCAAUUGCAUGCCAUGACAUUUUUAAAUGAUUGUCUCUAUUGUAUUAUUUAUGUACUUGUAUGUAUAUAAAAGUGAUAUAUGGCACAGUUAUUAUUUUAUUCUCAUUUGGAAUAUUAAAAAAGAAAUUACUUUUUUCUGUUACGCACGGAAUUCGCUCAUCUGUAUGUAGAUGCAUGUUUCCCACAUUCAAAUUCAGUAUCUCUCCUCAAAAAUUGUUUGUUCCCCCAUGUUAUUAGAUAAUCACUUCUGAAAUAGGUGGUUUAUCUCCCUUGUCAUAUAGUUCAACUUAUAAUUAUUGUUAAGAAUUAUAUAAAUUAAAUUUUAUGUAUUUUAUUAAAUGAGUAUUUAAUUAACCUGUAAAUAAUGUAAAAAAUAAUUGAAAGUAUUAUGUUUAUUAUUCAAUGUCUUUUAGUUUAUUAUUAUUCAAUAUUAAAGUGUUUACUUUGUGUAAUUAAUCAUAAUUAAUAUGUUAAAUUUAAGAUAAUCUAUCUUAUAAAAUGGUGACAUUUUGCUUCCUUCCUCCAUAAUCCUCUUUUUUUUUUUAAAUUCUCUCUCAGAAAUUAGUAGAGGGAUGAAAUUACUCUUUGGAUUUUUUGAAAUCAUUAAUCAUAGAUAAAUCUUUUUUUUAAAUUUAAAACUGGCUCUUUUUGUAAUUUUGAAACCUUUCAUUAGUCUUGAAAUUAGAAUAAAAAUUAACUAUCAUUUUUUGUUAAUUCCUUGUUUACGUAUAGCAGGCAUGUGAUUUUUAAUGCUAAAUCACGGAAUUUCGUGAAUCUCGACGCAGCUGAUUCGCAAACUUCCGUGAAUCAAUCAUUUAUAUUCCAACAAAAAUUUCUCAGAGUUCUCCUAAUCUAUAAUUUAAAUUGCGUUACUUUCGCAAAAUCUUGUUAGUCCAACAUUAAUGCCCUUACCAACACCGCCAUUUUUUCUUCCUAAAUUCUCAAUCGUGUGUGAUAACGACAUUUUUGCGCGGAUUAGUUAAAGAAAAAUGCAAUUUCGGAUAAACGUCAUGCAAAUUUUGAAUUGCGCAUUUCGACUAUCACUUUUUAACUUGCUCAAUACCAUUGUAAAUCAUCGUUUUUUGACCAUUCCGUUUUUUUUCUCUCUUUUUUUCCUUAAGUUAUUGAAAUUGAUUUUUUUUAUAUUUUAUAAAAUUCUGAUAUUAUUAAGAAAGAAGAAAUAUAAAUCCUACAUUUUCUGAUGUGCUCAAUUUGCCCUAAAUUUAUACAGCAUUUCAAUCCGCCAUUCCGAAGAAUAUAUAAUUUUUUUAAAUAUAUACAUUUUUUUCUCUCCUCAAAUUUUAUAUAUGUUACUUUUCCUAUAAAAAUUUAUCCGUUAUUCUUUUUCUUUGUACAAAUAUGUAUAUAUAUAUAUAUAUAUACAGAUUGAGAAAUUUUUUUUUGAUAAUUUCUUAUUCCAGGAAUUACAUGUCUGAUAUAAACAAACAUUAUUUUUUUAAUGGUUUAAAAUGAAAUUAUCUCUGUUGAAACUGUGAUUAUUAAUCCUCAUACAAUUAAAUGUAUUAAAGCUUUAUUUAUUGUUUAAAAAAUGAAAGUUGUAAAAUAUUUAUUGUUUUAUUUUAUAAUUUAAUUUUAAUAUUACAUUUUAUAUGUCAACAUAAAAUAUUCCAAAAAAAAAAAAGAAAAUACCCUGGAAAUUUUGUAUCUAUGGAUUAUUUAGAAGAAAAAAAGGUAAUUUGAAUGGGGUCUCAUCUCUUAAACAAAUACAUAAUGUAAAAUCAAAAUGUUGUUGACCAAAGUUUUAUUUUUAUGCUUUCAAUAUUUUGCAAAUAACUGCUUGGUUGAUAUUUUGUAGGAGGAGGGGAAGUCUAAAUUCCUUAACAAUCACUAGGGUGAUCGUGACACAAAGUGAAAAACCCUGAAAAUUCUACAAGUAAAAACUUGAUAACAAGAUAUUAAUUUACAUACUAUUCAUCUUUAAUUUUUGAAAUAAGAUUUAUAUUUAAAUUACCUACUAAUAAGGAAUAUCACACUUUUAUGGUAACUAAUUUGAGAAAAAACUUUGUUCCUACAAGAAUCGCGAUAUUGGAUUUUAAAAUCGUGCGAAUAUUAAUCACAUUGGAUUUAAGAAAGCGAAAAUACAAAUCGCAAUAUUGGAUUUUUGAAUCGCAUAAAUACGAAUCGUGAUGCAUGAUUUUUAGAUCCCAUGAAUACGAAUAGAGACAUAGGAUUUAAAAAUCACGCAAAAGGAAUCAAGCUGUACUAUUGACAACAAGUAACUUUUAAAUCCAGUAAAUUUCGAAAAUCAGUGUUUUACUUUAAAAUCGCGUGAAUAUAGAUCGCGAUAUUUGCGAAUUCCAGCAUAGUUUCAAUUGUUUAAAAUGUCCAGGAAGAAAAUCAAAAUUGCAGAAGAGUCUCGUGUAUGAAAACGUCUCAUUAACGCGAUUUAGGGAAGGUUUCAAAAUUUAAAUUGUAGAACUUAAUUCUCACUUUAAAUUUUAGAUUAUGGUGAAAAUUCUGUUGGAUUAUAAGUUUUGAUUUUCGGAAGUCCACAAAUCAAUGGUCUUCCUCAAAAACAUCACAUGCCCUACUCCUAGUUUCUAGACCUGGAAUUCCAGGGUGCACCUGGAAUACAAUCACCCCUGCAAUCAUUAUUCUGUUCCAAAUGAUGUUUCAUUUCAUGUCAAAUGGGAAUAAAAUAAUUAAAAGAAAAUGCAAUUUAAGUAUGUGUGUAUUAGAUGUUGUAUUAAUAUUUUAAAUUAUAUUCCAUUCCAUGCUUUCUGUAAUAAAAUGAAGAGAAAAACGGGUCCUUCUCCAAGCACAUAUUUCUUUAUUUCUAAUGUCAAUAGACUUCAAAAGAAAAGUAUCUAUUAUGACUCUGUAAUAAUCAAAUAAAAAUAAACCUUGUGUUUCCUAUAAAUAUAUAUAAAGAACCAUUUAUGUGAUAUUGCUGGUUAUAAUAAAAAAUAAUUCUGUUUGUUAGCAUGACUUUCAUUUGUAUAAAGGAGCGAGUAAAUAAAUUGAUACCGUAAUCUCUUUA